AUGAGUAUUUUAGCCCGUAGUUUAUACGCGUGCCGAUUUUUCGAAAUUGUCAAUCGUGUAUGCUUAAUUCAACCGAUUACAUGUCUUUCGGAUUCGGCUUCGUCGACUUCGUUACGUGCAUGUGAUUUUCAAGUGUAUGGCAAAGUCCAAGGUGUUUACUUUCGUCAACAUACUCAUGAUCAAGCGAAAAAACUGGAUCUCGUUGGCUGGGUUGAAAAUACGAAAUCACAAACAGUGCAUGGGCAUAUGGAAGGUGUGAAAUCGAAUAUCGAUCAAAUGAAAGAGUGGCUUGAGAAAACAGGAAGUCCAAAAUCGAAAAUAACUAAAGCAGAAUUCACAAAUGAAAAAUCGAUUACGAAAUUAACUACAGACACGUUUAUUAUUAAACGAUAA